UGACAAGUUAUUUCGCGUCAGUGUACACAACGAGUUUUGGUCGCACGCAAUAAACAUAUCCGAACGAAAUUCCGAAAAUUUGAACGUAUUUUUGUGUAAAAAAGUGAAUAUUCACGUGAAAAUCGCAAAAUGAAUGCGCCACCAACCUUUGAAUCGUUUUUAUUGCAUGAGGGAGAGAAGAAAAUCGUCAAGGAGCUCGAUACAAAAGUACCAAAUGCCGCAAUUUUCACCGUAAACAAAGAGGACCACACAUUGGGCAACAUGAUUCGCAAUCAAUUGUUGAAAGAUCCACAUGUUUUGUUUGCCGGCUACAAAAACCCGCAUCCAUUGGAACAUAAAUUUGUGCUUCGCAUCCAGACAACGUCCGAUUACUCACCACAAGAAGCUUUCAUGAAUGCCAUUACCGAUAUCAUUUCCGAACUGUCGCUGUUCGAAGAACGUUUCAAGGAAGCACUCAAAGAGAAGAAGGAAGGAGGCGACUAAAUUUGAUCAACGCUUUCUUUUACAAAAAAAAUGUCCAUUGGAUAAGCCAACAUCUCUUAAACAAACAUAAAAUGCAGAUGCUAUAUGGUGUAUUAACAAUAGAUAUAAGAAUAAGAAUAAAAAGUAAAAAAUCAAUAUUUUCAGUUCCAAAAUAAACAUUAAUAAAUC